UGUCAACUGCGCUUGCGUCGUUUCCGCCAUAUUUCCUGCGGCUACGUCUCUGCAGGCUAAACUGAUUCCAGACCAGCUAGGAGUCUAAACUUCUCCCGGGAUCCUUGAACGUUCCUCCGGUAGCGGCGCGGUGCGGGUCGGACCGGAGAGCCGGCCUGGAGACGUCGUGAACCGUUAAACGCUGCCGUGAUGUUCUAGAUCGAUAAUUAUCGGCAUGUUUUGAGUCAAACGGCUGCGUCUGAACCGAGCCGCUAAGUUUGCGCCAGUGCUGUUGGACCGUGGGUGGGAUGGAGGCCAGCAGCUUGGUCGGUGAUGCGCUGUCCCCGGAGUCCACUGUGACCUCAUUGCUGUCCAGCUCAGGUCACCUGAGGAGCAGUCUGAGGCCUCCUGAACGCAACACCACCUUCAGAUACAAAGACCAGGAGUACGAAUCAGCCUCAGAAGCGUUGGACGCCUACAUCACAGACUUUGAGAGGAGCAGUCAGAGCAGUGGGAUGCUGGUUCUGCCUCAUAACCGGCCGUCCACGACAACCAGACCAACUCUGGAGACGCUGAGGAACAAAGAUGUUCUCAGGGAGCGUCUGACAGACUGGGAGCUAGACUUCCUCAAUCUUCCUGUGAGCUCUCUCCGUCACCAUGGCAACCGCGACAGGCUCUCCAUGACAACAGAUGAACUGUUGUCCAUCCCCUACGAUGGCUCCAUGCCUGUCACCCACACCUCUGCCUUCAUACAAGCUCGUCCAGGCCUCCUGUCCCGGUCUGGCCCCUCCUCCACCCGGCCAGCACACAGAACCUCCUCUGCUAGGCUCUGCAGUAGCUGCGCUGCCCUCCACCACGUGAACCACCACCACUCUGUUCCUGCCCAGACACUCAGAAGCUGCAGGUGCGGAAGAGGAGCAACGUUAACCACGUUUAAACCAGUUGGUGACGUUUCUUCUGGACACAGAGCAGCGAGGCCGUCCUCAGCGCUGCACCUCCCUCGAUGGCUGACCAGUAACAAGGCUGACAUGGACUGUUCGGAGAUGGGUAGCGUGCCCGACCUGACGUAUCCGGCCUGGAUCCAGCGCUGCGAUGUCAGUGACGCGCCUCUACCUGCAGCAUCAGAACCGGGUUGUCUUCUGCCUGGAGCUCCCAGAGUUGGAGCUCCAUCUUGGUUAUCUGACUUGGAAAACGAUGACGAGCCUGACCAGACACCUGCUCAGGUGGACAAGCAUCAGUCGCUCAGAGAUCUGAGACUUCAGCUGGCCGAACAGAUUUCUCUGCUGGCUGCAGAGAGACAAGGCUCCGAGGUCCUGGCAACGUCAUUCAGAGACAACAGGAUGGAGGCUCUGAUUCAGAAGGCUGAUCAGGUGUUAAACUGGCUGUCCCACAGUGGUGGAGGAUCAGAAGGUCCUGCAGAUCCAGUGAGCAGAGCUCCAGGAAGCCCGGUCACCACUGAAGACCUGCUCCAGCGCUCCCCCCAUCCUGCUCCUCCAUUCUCACCAGACUCGGCAGCACUUACGGAGGAUCAGACCAACACAGAAGCAGAGGGGGGAGUCUGUGGUCCAGACAGCAGCUGGAAGCAGCCUGGACCGGUGGAGGCCGUGAAGCAGAUGCUGUUCAGACUGCAAGCUGUGGAGGGGGAGCUUCAGAAGCAACAGAAGGAAACAGCAGCUUUACCACCACCUGACAGUCCACACACACCAGAGAAACAGCUCGCCGACGGUGAAGCAGAGUUUCAGGGUUUUUCUGGGAGUCCAUCGUUACAGAGAGCUCUGCAUCACCUGAGCCGUCUGAAGCUGCUCGUGGAGGAACCGACUGAGAGAAGCAGAGAGGAGGAAGAUGAAGGACGCUACUCGUCUUAACCUGCUGAUGGACUACUACAGGAGACGGACUGAGUGUGUCUUCUCCUACAUCUAACGCUGUCUCAGAUCUCCUCCAAGACCAAAAACAGGAAGCUCAGAGUUACAGACAGACUUUAGAAACAUGAAAACAUCAUUUUCGGACUGCACAUGAAGAAUUGUGAACAUGAACAUGUUUCAGGUUAGUUAACAUGUUAGCUGGUUAAGUUAAACUGAGAGUAGCCAUCAACCGUACACGUCUGCAGCCUGACAGCUACAA